AUGGCUCGAAUCUACAAGGAAACCAGGCUCGACCUGCGUCCUUACUCGCCUGACACCGUCGUCAGUAUCCAGAUUCCGACGCAAGAGAGCAACGGCAACGGUAGCGCACAGCGUCGAGCUCGAUUCUCUCAUUUAUCAUUGUUCCUUGGCAACGAUGAACCGAUCGCACGAGACGAGGAAGAGUUUUCGAAGCGUUACCUAGCCACUCAAGGGUCCGUCUACUUUCGCAAGCGAAAAGCCUACCCCCGAACGUUUCUGUGGAGGGUCGUCAAUGACAAUAAGGUCUUGGAAAUCCAUUGCGUGGAUCUGGUGAAGGGUGGAACUGAGCAAUUCGAAUAUGAUAUGACACUUCGCUUUGAGUUUCAGGAGGGCAUUCUCCCUUCGAUGGUUGCUUUGGCAGAUUUGGAGGACCAUGAGGUGUUGAAUGUCUUCGUGAUCACAGCCUCAAAGCAGCUAUAUACGUUGGCGCUGCUCCCUGAAUUUUUCAGGAGGUCGGCUGCUAUCGAUGAGAAUGUUUCUGAGUGGUGCAAGUCUUGUGUUCCUGCGCCUUUGGCUUUUUCGUAUCCCCAUCGUCUUCAUGCGAGCAGCCCCCUGGAGUUAUUUAUUUCGCUGGAUAAUGGAUCAUUGUUGCGGUUGACGAGAAGAUCUGGUGAUGAUGGCUCGUAUUGGUCCCCUCUUACACUUGACGAGAGAUCCUGGGGUUCGUCGAUUCGUGGUCUACUAAAAUGGCAUGCACAACCAUCGAUCAAAUACCAGGGGCGUAGUCUCGACCCCAACACUGCAGUUGCCGUCGCUACCACCUCCGAUCAAACGCAUCUAAUCGCGGUCUGCUUGAAUCACACACUCAAGAUAUGGAAUCUUAGUUCAAACAGAUUGGUCGCUACAAAGGAUCUUUUAGAUCGACAGGUACAACAGCAUGAGUCGGCAUUAUACACCUUGAACGCCUCUGAGUCGUCAUUUAUCCGUGUAUUCAACGCGGAGCGGGCAAUUGAUGGCGGAUACCGCUAUUAUGUUAUUACCUUUUCGCCUUUCGAUGAUGGUCGCUUUAAAUUCUGGGCUGUAAAAGGUGGAUUGACGUCUGACUUAAUAAUCGAGGAUCUGUUCCCUGAUGCGCCUCUGAGACCUAUGGACCCUGAUCCAUCUGGUAAUGUAUUCUGGACCAUUAUCGAUUUCCAGCUUAAAUCAGCUGAAGAGGGGAAACAUAUGGAAUUAUGGGUCCUAUGGAGGAACAAGAAUAUCUAUCAGUUGUAUAGCUUACACUUUGACUUCCAGUCGUUGGUGACUGAUUGGUCUUCAAACUGGGUGUCGACGGCAUGGGAAAUACAGAGAGAGGAAAUACCGCCGUCUAUGGUCCUUUCCGAUGUUGUGGAUCCAACAGAGAAGUGGCUGAAGUUUUUCUUUUAUCCUGGGAGGUUUCCACCAGAAGUUUUGGAGACGGCUUUGGUCAUCUACCAAGAAGCUCUUCGCCCACUAUCUUCGCCGAACGUCUCUAAGAAGAGCGCUUCCUUGCAAGAGCGCCUCUGCUCAACUAUCACAUCUACAGUCGCACUGCGUAAAUAUGCGGAAGAGGAAAUGGACUUUGCACGGUAUCGGACUGAUGCAGACUCCAAAUGGCGAACCUUUUGGCAGAUUGCCGACGAUCUUAACAAACGAAGGUUUGAGCCGUUUUCCCUCUCCUACGACACUUACUACGAUCUCCCAUGGUUGCUCCUGUCAGAUAGUUGCGCUGUCAUCCGGGAGUGCAGUUCCACGGAGCUACUCUUACACAACACGGAUUCCGAGCUUCGCGAGGGAAUGACCAACAUAAUGGAUCGCUGGAGACAUAGGAAUCUUAGUUCAGAGGUCAGCGACUUAUUUGAACAGGCAUCCUUUUUGAUGAAGAUCGCAUCCAGUUUCAGGGCUGCAUUCCCGGCCGAGCUUGAGUCCGCAUGUCAAGCUGCUUUGGAAGUGGAGAUCUUCACAGAGCCCCUGUUUUCAGUACCAGACCGAAUAGCAGCUUUCCAGGAACGAUGCAAUUUUGUAGACUUUGUCAGCGACAAGGAAUUUGAUAGCUUGGUUGCGGCUCUGAAUGAGCGGAUGAAUGUCUAUAGUCUUCCGGGCGAAGUUUUUUACACGAUCAUCGAGACAAUCCCUCUCGGGUUCCCUGGGAAAGAUUCGGAUCUUCUUUCUACGCAUUUCGGGACCAAGGCUACAGUGAACGGUGCCCAAGAGACCAUCUCACACACGCAUCAGGUUCUCUUUAAUCUGCUCGUGCUCUCUGUAUUCCUAGAUGGCGAGGUGAAGCAAGAAGAAGACUCCACCUUUGACUUGGCAAACUUGUUCUCCACGCUCAUCGAGAUGUUGAGGGAAUAUGAAGUGAUGCUCUGGCUCUGUUCCAAUGUGCGCAGAUGUCCUGACAGGUUUCAUAACCCCCCUGCUGAUACCCUUUCCACCCCAUUCUCCAUGGAUGGUGAUUCCGGUUUGAAGAACAAGAAGAUUGCAAGGAUGGUCACAAUUCUCGAGGACCUGUUUGCCACGCACAUCAAACCGCGGCAAGCUAUCAAUAUGCCCCAAAGCUAUGCAUUAACUCUGGGGAUUCGGGAUGUCCUAUCCUGGGUGACACGGCAGGGAGAAGUGGCAUUGCCGAACGCCUUGGUCUUCAUACAGUGUGAUUUGUUGGCAAAGGGAAAUACUGACUUGGCAUGGGAUUUCCUGAGAUUUCAGAUAAGCACAUCUUGGGCGACCUACGUCAAAGGACGCGUGUAUGUGGCCAUGUCCGAAUUCGAUACUGCAGCGAUCUAUUUCCGGAAAGCUGCCUAUCUUUUGUCGUGCGGCAAGCCUCUCGGCAACCUCCAUGAGAUGUCCUCAACACUGUUGGAUAUUGUCUCUGUGGAUUCCUUUUACAACGGCCUCCCUAAAUACUUCCAGCAUAUCCUCUCUAUUUUUGAGGAGACGCGUUCAUUCUCCCACGUGGCAGACUUUGCCAGCCUUGCGCUGCAGGCGCUUGAAAGUGAACACAAGAGUGAGGAAGACGCUGAGUAUGUUAGUUUACGAAAUGACCUCCUCUCCCGCCUAUUCUAUGCAUCUCUGAAGACGGCCCAAUUCGAUCAGGCCUACUCUGCCCUUUCGAGAUACAAGGACCGUGCGUUGCAGAAAUCUUCUCUGAGUUCACUGGUGGCGAGCGUCCUCGUUGCUUCUGGACCGGGAACCGCUGGGCUCAACCAACUUCUCCUCUUCCCGACUUCGCUGGUACCCAACAUUUCUUCUUACAUCGACGAGACUCUUGUGUCGCUCGCCAGGAAACAGACAUCGUUCACGUCUUUUCUGGAAGAAGAAUCAACAUUUGACAACAGUAAUAGGAGAUGGAUAACGGAUAGCAACAAUUCGCCGGAUUAUUGCAGAAUCCUGCAAGCUUACCGUGUCUUGCAGAAUGAUUACCGUGGGGCGGCGGAGGUCGCAUAUCGCAAUGUUCAGCGUCUGAGGAAAGCCAGAGAUAAUCCAUCACCAUAUCUCCUUGUCGGAAAUAAGAAACAUACCGAUCCUCAACGGGCAUUACAAAGUUCGAACCAGAACCAGGUAGUAGAAGAGGAUGAUCCCGAAAGCAAGGAAAUCCGGCACGAGCUCCUAGCGCUGAUCAAUCUUCUUGCGUGCGUUGAUAAGAGCGAGGCAUACAUCCUUGUCGAAAAGGACGAUGCCACCGACAGCAGUGAGGAUCUCUUCCAGUCGCAGAACGAACGUCGCAUAAGCACCACGCACGCUGAUGAAGACGGGAACGUCUUCAUGGACGAUGCCGCUGACAACAGUCAUAAACCAUCAACAUUCGGAUUGUUCUCAAACGGUAAUACUAAUCGCAGAGGUUCCUCCGCAACGGCGAGAAGAGAUAGCAAACCUUCAUUCUCUUUCCUUCCCGGCGGCAGCACUGGCAGUGGUGGUGCUGACACUGCUGCUCGUCUUUCUCUUUCCUUUCACCCUCGGGAUAAUACAACCACACGGCGUGUCAUUGUCACUCUUGACCAUCUUCGACGUGAAUACCAAUCCGAGCUGGAUCGGGUCAGCCGGAUCGAGCGCGGUGAUUGGGAAUUUGGCUUCGGUGAUGACGAAGGAGAAGACGAGGGGCUUAAUGAUGAGACCAUGGUGAUUUCUUAAUUAUGUUAUGUCUUUCUCUUUCCCCCCAUCUUUUUCAAAUAAAUUUUUCUGUUUUUCUCCGGGAUUUUGUCUGUAUUUGCGAGCAUCUUUGAAUUGAACUUGAAAAAAAUGGUGGUACGUGCAUUUUUCUGAACAUUCAUUCAUUCAUUAUAACGUGUGUGCUACGGUACGGAUGGGACUUACUUGCAAGGGGGGAAUGAAUAUAUCUGUCUGUAUUUGAGAUCCACUUUGUGCUUAUUGUAGCUACUGGCAUUGGCAUUAGAAUCGGGAAGCUUUUCUCUUGCCCACAUUGGGAUGGUAUCGAGUAUCUAGGUGGUAAAGUAAUUAAUUAGUGUGCUGUGUCAAGUAACCAUAGUUAUCCCAUCAGUAUGUCAGCCUUCAACCCGAAACAAUCAAUAACAUGCUCUGUUGCCUGCGAUAUCUGAUAGGAAUAAGAGGAGAUUUAUAGUAGGC